GUUUGUGUGACAGGGGAGGCGUAAGUAGCUGAAAAGGUGAAAUGGAGAAGCUUGAGACCAGUAAUGAAGAUGAAGCUGGAACAAGCAGAGAAGAAGUUGGCCCUAAUGACAUUAAGCUAAUUCAAGAGGAAAUUCUCUUCAAUGAAGAAACUAUAGAUCUGGAUGCAGACGCAUUUGGCUCUGAAGAAAAUGUUACCCUCUCGGAGGACUCUGGAAACUUAUUGGACAAGCUAAACGACCAAAUGAUGGAAAGUGUAAUUAUUUCAGAUUCCCCCAAUAUCAGUGAGGAUGAUGCUGGGGAGCUUGGUUGUUUGCAGGAUAUUGUUGAUGAAAUUGAAAGCCACGAAGUACUGCCAUUAGAGCAAGAAAUAAAUAAGGAGUGUAAGGAAAGUGGAAACAGCACUGAGCAUGCUGGAACUCACGACAGUGCAAGCUCAGGGCAGCAGCAUGUGGAAAUUAAAGUUGUUGUAUCUCCAAGUGAACCCAGCCCUGAAGCAGAAAACACUUUGCAGAGCCCAAGUAGUGAGCAUGAACACGAGUUGGUUACACCAGAUAGCAAGCAACCUCAAAGUGAUGAUGUUAUACCUGUGUGCACUAUCUUUAGUAAAGGGAAUUCCCAGCCGUCAUUUUUAGGGAGCGACGGCUUUGAAUCGCAACUGAUCAAGUCUCCAAGUUUUACUGGGGAAAUUAAAAGUACGACAAAGCUUCAGACUCAGGUUGUCCAGCCUAGUCCAAGUCUUAGCAACUUCUUCUCUGAUAAUGGCAACACACAGUCCCCAGCAGCGGAUUUUUUCGAUUCGUUUACAACAUCAUCAAAUUUUAUCUCAGUCAGUAAUCCAAAUGCAGCCCCUGCUGUGCCAGAGAUCGCCCAUGGGUCUCUAACACCAGAGAGUGGCACACCUACGGACCCUGCCAGUAUACAGUUCUUUGUUGGGAACCAGUCGCUUAACUCCAGCGGAUCCCUGACCGCUGAGGUUUCACAGUCCCCGAAACCGUUCUCUCAGAUUCAUAGUGUGUUUGCUGGAAGUGAUGAUCCAUUUGCCACUGCUCUGAAUAUGAGUGAAAUGGAUAGGAGAAAUGAUGCUUGGCUGCCUUCACAAGAUACUAGAAACAUACUUAUUUCUGUUGCCACGCAAAAAUACAGCGCUGUGUUUAUUGAUAAGGAAAAACUCACAAUGCCAGGCUUAAAGUUUGACAAUAUUCAGGGAGAUGCUGUUCGAGAUCUCAUGCUGCGCUUCUUGGGGGAGCAGGCUGCAAUGAGGAGACAGGUGCUAACCGCUCUCUCUGUCGAGCAGACCUUCGUGGGGCUGAAGAAACUAAUUGAGAGUAAAAACUGGAGAGCGGCCGUUGAUCUCUGUGGGCGGCUUCUGACUGCCCACGGCCAAGGGUAUGGAAAGAGUGGUCAGCCAACUAAUCACACCACGGAUUCCUUGCAGCUCUGGUUUGUAAGAUUAUCCCUACUGGUGAAGCUUGGUCUUUUCCAAAAUGCUGAAAUGGAGUUUGAGCCCUUUAAAAACCUCGAUCAGCCAGACCUUUAUUAUGAAUAUUACCCUCAAGUUUAUCCUGGGCGCAGAGGGUCCAUGGUUCCAUUUUCAAUGCGGAUAUUACACGCAGAGCUGCGCCAGUAUCUGGGGAACCCCCAGGAGUCUCUUGAUCGACUGCACAAUAUGAAAGCUGUCUGUCUGCAAAUUUUGGACAAUUUGGAAAAGGGACUUGCAGAAGAUGGAAGCUUGAUUACAAUCUCUCAGAGCAACCGGCAAGCCUCUGUUCAGCUGUGGAGGUCACGUCUGGGCCGGGUGAUGUACUCCAUGGCAAACUGUCUGCUAAUGAUGAAGGACUAUGUUCUGGCUGUAGAUGCCUAUCAGACUGUCAUUAGGUAUUACCCCGAGCAGGAGCCGCAGCUGCUUAGUGGUAUCGGACGGAUCUUUCUCCAGAUUGGAGACAUAAAAACAGCAGAGAAGUACUUUCAGGAUGCAGAGACAGUGAUCCAGAAGUCUCCCACCAGUAAUGAGCCCCAGAACCAAAUGAUUGUUUUGAUGAACAGGGCGUUCCUUCACCUUGGACAGAACAAUUUUGCAGAGGCGCACAAGUUCUUCUCUGAAGUAUUAAAGCUAGAUCCUGCAAAUGCUGUGGCCAAUAACAAUGCAGCUGUUUGCCUGCUUUAUUUGGGCAAAUUAAAGGAUUCCCUGCGGCACCUGGAGGGUCUGGUUCAGCAGGAUCCCAAGCACUAUCUCCACGAGAGCGUUCUCUUCAACCUGACAACCAUGUAUGAGCUGGAGUCGUCUCGCAGCAUGCAGAAGAAGCAGGCACUGCUGGAGGCCGUUGCUGUCAAAGAAGGUGACAGCUUUAACACUCAGUGUCUCAAGCUCCUAUAAUUCUCCCAUCGCUAAAUUGCUGCUUUUUUUAACUUUUGUAGUGAAAAGCUGCUAAAUCUGUAAAUAUUCAGCUGGAAAUGUAAAUGAUACACUGGUUAUACUGCCGUUUAAUAAAGUAUUUAUGGAAUGAA